AGCACUACCACAGAGCUGAAAUAAAAAUAGUUGAAGUCGAAAAGUUAUCGAUAAUUAAAGCAAAAACAAAAACAAAUCAACAAAUGAACGAACGAAGCGUGCUAUUUCCAAAUACAAAAUGCUAAAUAAAUUGGAAUUUAAUAAUUUGGUUAUAACCAACAAAAAAACCAUACAACAAGCACGCUCUCAGACAAUUGCGAAGGUGGUGCAAAAGUUGCGCAAAGUAAAGGAUGCGUUGGCCAAGAAACCCGAUAAUGAAGUAAAUAAGGCACGUCAACGCAAAAAUGUUGAAUAUAUUGCACAACUAAAGUCACUCAAAAGCGUAGAUAUAAUGCGUUCACUGCUGCUGAAGGAUGAAAAGAAGCACAAUGCAAUUUUAACCAAUGGCCGCGCCACACCUGAUGAAGUUGUCAUUGCCAUGUUGGGCCUUAACAAAGUUAUGCAGGGCUUGGUUGCCAAGUUUCAAGAGACCUUGAAUUUGAGCAGUGAUCCCAAUGCCAAUUGGCGUGAGGAGAUAUUGCAAACGAGCAAGCGUCGCCUGAAAUUAGAACGUACCGAAGAAAAACGGCGUAAACGUAAGGAACUCAAAGAACUGAAAUUACAGUCGCGCAAGCGCUUAGAGUGGCUCGAACAAAAUAAACCAGAGGGCGAAUUAGAUGAAAAGGAAACCCCCGAGUCUGAGACAAAGAUAACUACGACAAAUGCUGUCGUUUGCCUAGUUGAGAAAGUGAAUAAAACUGCUAAACCACCAGUGAAAGUGGAUACAAUUUCAAGUAAUGAUAAACCCAAAAAAAGCGAUAAAGUUCCAAAAGCGCAAAAUUCACAGGAACCCAAAGGCAAACGUGUACAAAACAAACAAAAGGUACAAGAGAAAUCAAAUAAAUCAGAACCGGAAGUCAAAUAUGAGCCCAUGAAACCUAAAGAAGAGGAAAAGGAAAGACCUACACAUGUUGUCGAUCCAUUCUUCAUUACAGAAUCGGGACAACCAUAUCUAUCGACAGCUGUUGUUAUGUCGGAUGAUAAUAAUGACACGGAUAAUGACGAAUAUCAACCGGAACAAAAAAGACGCAAACCAAUGACCAAUCGCCAAGAAUAUAGACAGGAAAAUAGUAGAACACGAAUCACCGAGAGGCCAAUUUUAACAAAUUUCAAAGGCAAGAAAACAAAGUUUGCUGAGGACGGCAGCGCUGCAGAAACGACUUCACCUUUCGCAUCUCCUGCUGCUGAAAGUAGCGAAGCAGGCAUGCAUCCAUCGUGGAUUGCUAAACAGAGACUUAAACCAAAAAUAGCAUCAUUUGCGGGCACUAAAAUUAAAUUUGACGAUUAGAUUUUAUGUUAAAGUUACGUUUAUUUUAAGUGUGACCAAGAAAUGGCAAUUUUAGACGUCCACCUUGGGUACGAAAUGACCACGAGUUUUAUCAUUGCUCAGCAGCUUGUCGACGUCGACAUCUGGGAAUUUGCGUUUCAACAUCUGCAAGUCAAUGUUGGGAUUGCGUCGCAGCAUCAUCAUAACCUCAUUGCGUGAGCGACUAAAAUAAAUAGAAUGUUAAUAAACAAUGCAA